AUGGAGAAACCAACACACAUAAUCGACCCUGACGGCGAGGCGAUCAUCGUCCUCCGCACCACCGACCCUUACAUUGCACAAGUCACGAAAGCCGAUGACGACGCCGACCCACCACCAGCACCAUCACCCCCGGAGCCGGAAGGAAAUGGAAUAUUUGAAAGAGCCGUCUCCCCUGUUCGCGGGACCCAGCCGGUCUCUCGGAAAUCCAAGAAAGGGAAGAAGAAGAAGCAUAGGACGAAUCGAUCCGCGUCCUUCGAUGACCAUCCCGCUGAACCUGAGCCCGCACCGGAACUAGAGCCAGUUCCAGAUUCUGCCUGGGGUUUUCACCUCGAGAUGCCACCGGAGCCAGAGACGGAGUCAGUGCCUGCACUGGGACCACCUCCAGAGCCUGCGACCGAGGGGAGUUUCGAUGGGCUCGAGCCUGCUGUAGUGCACGAACCAGAAUGGGUCGAACAGGCUCCCCCGGCGGAGCCUGCAGAGGCCUGCUGGCCUGCUGACGGGCCUACUACCCCCCUACCCCUGCUCCGGAAGACCCCGUCCCAGAAGUCCCUGAUGAGCCUGCUCUAG